AUAAGUGACAUUUUGACGUUGACAGUGUUGACAGUUCCGUGCGAGCGUCCUUUCUAUAGGGAAUCCGGAGAUUCUCGCCAACGCAACUCGUAUAACGCACUCGCAUAAGUCCGCAUCCAAGUUUAUUAUCAACUAAUUUGUAGUAAUGGCAGAGAAUACUGUACAAAAUACUGAGGAAAGCUUCAAUGAACAGCCCCAACUAUUUAAACCCAAUAGGCAGCAGCAUUUUCGCAAGAAACGUUGGAGUAAUCGCAACGAUAACGCGCAACAGCAUGGCCCCAAGGGGGAAAACAACGAGGAAAACUAUGAGGAAUCAAUUGAAGGAAAUGACUCCAGAUUGUCCCACCAGAAGUCCUACGUUAAUAAAAUAGAAAUGUCUAUAAGGAAUUUAUCGAGCGCUCCCACUAUUGAACUGCCUCCCUAUGACUUAAGUGAAAGGAAAUUUUCUGUACAAAACCGGAUUUAUAUUGGAAACAUAACUAAUGAUACCACCGAAGAAGAUCUAAUAGAGUUAUUUAAACCUUUUGGGGAGAUAACCGAGAUAUUUCUUAACAAAGUGAAAUCCUUUGCAUUCGUUAAGAUGGACUAUCAUGCGGGGGCAGUGAAGGCCUGUAUUGAACUGGAUGGCACCUCUGUAAAAGGGAAGUUCAUAAAAGUCAAACUGUCCCACAGUUUAACUGCUAUUAAAGUGUCCAAUUUAAGCCCCUGGGUUACCGGAGAACUAUUGCAGCAUGCUUUUUUGCCUUUUGGUGAAAUUGAGAGUGCCAAGGUGUUGGUCGAUGAAAAAGGACGGUCAAUGGGCGAAGGGAUUAUUGACUUCACAAGGAAAUUCAGUGUGGUCCAGGCAGUAAAAAAGUGUCAUGAAAAAUGUUACUUUUUGGGACAUUCAAUUAGGCCUGUGGUGGUGGAACCAUAUGAGUGUCCUGAUCAAUCUGUAGGGCUGCUCGAUAAGCAUAUAAGUAAGAGGAAUCAAGAUUUUAUGAAGGAACGUUCGGUCGGUCCGAGAUUGGCCGAACCCCACUCGUUCGAGCACGAGUAUGGAACUCGUUGGAAGGUUCUGUACGAGUUGCACAGGCAGAAAUUGGAGUCGCUCAAAACGGAAUUUCGUCUAGAGUGCGAAAAGUUGGAGGCGCAGAUGGAGUACGCGCUCUACGAGCACGAGACCGAGUCGCUACGUGCUCAAUUAAAACAUCGCGAGUUGGACAAGGAGAGACAGAUACGAGAGUGGGAGAUGAGACAGAGACAGGUGGAGGAAGAAAAACAAAGAUCCGAGUUCCAUAUGCGCCAAACCCAAAAGGAGUUUCACUCGAAAAUGUGGAAAAACAAACCUCCGCCUCUAAUGUACCUCAAAGAGGAGCCGGCGGAAGAUCUGCUACUCAAACAGGCUCAGAACCUAAAUUCGAUUUUGGAGGCGCAGGAGGGUGCCGAGAACGUUCCCGGUACAUCCAACAGAGAUCGUAACCAGGGCACAUCCGAAUAUAACAACCCAGAAUGUUCACGAAAUUGGUCGCGAAAUAGUAAUGGUGGUAACGGCGACGGUACCUGGGUAAAGUACGAGUCUCAGAACCACCACCAAAAGAGGCGAAGAUUCUUUUAAGUCUAAGUGUUUUUUUUUUCUGCUGCCAAGUUUCCCUUUUGCUUUUUUACAUUUGAAUAAAAUAGUUUUAGUUCA